AGUCAGAGAAUGAAUGGCAUAUUUCUUCUGAACAUGAUUCUACUAAAGACAACAAAAAAAUAUGGUUUGAGAAACAACUAUUUCAGCAAUUUUCCAAUGUAUCUUUGAUUACUGCAGUUGGAUAUGAAAGCCUAAAGGAUGAAAUGGAAAAAAUAUAUUGUGAAAACAUUAAAAUUAAAUCAGUAAUAGCCAAUCAACCUAUUGUUAAAGAAGGAUCUCAAUGUACCUUUGCCUAUGAUAUAGAAAAUCAUCAUAUUCAUACCUAUU